GCGGCAGCCAUGCCCUGUACUUCUCUUCCAGCAGUGAUGAUGAAUUUGAAAUGUUUUUAGCUAGAAUGAAGACUCCCAAAUCUGUUUCUAAAAGGGUGGAUUCAAGUUUGAAGGACUUUAUUGAUGACUCGGAUGAUUUCUUCUUGGACUUUAAAGUGAGGACAACAAAGAAUGGACAGAAGGAUCUUCAGACCCCGAAAAAGUUGAUGACUUCUGGAAAGAAAAACGCUUGCUGCCAAGAACUGCAGUAUCCAGAGUCUUCAAGUGACCUUGAAGAUUCUGUCUUUGUAGAAAGUUCACGGCAUGACUCCCAAAAAGGGGAAGUGAAUGACUUGAAAGCGAAUCGGUGGCACAUAAAACUCCCACCUGCACAAAAUCUGAAAGAGUCAAUUUUCAGAGGCAGUUCAGACUUGCCUAGAAGGAAAGAAAGCAGCUGUGAAAAGAGUACAGAAAAUAAAGUGCCAAUUGUGGCACUGCGACAAAGUACAGAGGUAGAAUCAGAUAGCUCAGAUGACGAAUUUGAAUCGUUAAUAGAACGGAUAAGGAUACGAAGUACACCCCGAAAACCUAUCUUAAGCACAAGUAAAACUGUCUCCCAGCCGAGCACAGUAGAAAACAUGAAGCCACGCUGUGAGGAUGCCCAGCCCUUAAAAGGGGAGGGAGUCAAGACACCAAGGCCGAACUCCAUUUCCCUUCAAGAAACACCUUCCACGAUAAUGGCUUCUGUAAGAAUUCCUAGGAAUGAAUUGGUUGGCUGCUCACAAUCGGCCAAGACAGAGAAAAGGCUCAGGGUGUGCUCAGUGCCUGGCUGUUUCUUGCAAGAUCUCUCAAAUCCAGCUUCCCACUACGUGAAGUAUUUCAAGAAAAAUAAAGAGGAGCUGGCACAGAAGCUCUAUUGUCUGUAUAACAGUACCAUCUUUGAGAAAAAGUUACCGGAAAAAAUGAUAAUAACCUGGAAUAAGAAAAUGAGAAAAACGGCAGGAUAUUGUGUAACUGGGCAGACAGAUGGUCCUGAAGGAAAGCGCUAUGCUCGCAUAGAACUUUCUGAGAAAGUCUGUGACUCUGCAGAUCGUCUUCGAGACACACUAGUUCAUGAGGCUUGCCAUGCAGCCACCUGGCUGAUCAACGGUGUUCGUGAUGGGCAUGGACGAUUCUGGAGAUUUUAUGCCAAUAAAGCAGCUGUGAUUCAUCCUGAACUUCCAGUAGUAACACGAUGCCACACCUAUGAGAUUAAUUAUAAAUUCAUCUAUGAGUGUGUUCUGUGCAGUGCUACGAUUGGACGUCAUUCCAAGUCUCUGGACACGGAGCGUUUUGUGUGUGCAUUCUGCGGGGGGCAGCUGGUCCUGAGUCAGCGCACUUGCAAGGAUGGCACUCCUGCUAGGACACAGCUAACGCCAUUUGCAAAGUAUGUGAAAGAAAACUAUGGACUUACUAAAAGAGAGCAGCAUGGGCUGAGUCAUGCAGAAGUCAUGCAGAAACUCAGUGCUGAUUUUGCUUUAAAAACCAGGCUUCAAGAUACCUUGUAGUAUCUCAAUACACUUCCUUUCUUGAGGUCACUUAAAUUUUCUAUGUAGUAGUAAAUGAGUCUAACAUGAGUUGAAAAAUGUGGGUUUGAAGAUUCCAGGUAAUUUUAUACUUCUAAUAAAGAAGACCUUAAGGCCUUUUCUAAAAUGGGAAAGCGUGAGCAAGCAAUGAUGACAAAUUCCAUGGUGAUGCACAAAGUGUAUCCUAAGACAUCAGAUAAACACCACCUGUGCCUGGGAAGAUGCAGUUCUAGGCCCAUCAUGAGACUGACUUGCUGUGUUUGUCAGGAAUUUUCUGAAUGGUAUUUACACCUGGUGCUUCAUAGCAUGUCUUCAGUGACUCCAGUGAGCAAUGGAUUUACUUGUUCAUGUGGGUAGUUGAUAUGCUGUAGACUCUACAUGUGCUGAGGAACCGCUAGGUGUACAUCUGUCUGGGAUUGCCAGAUACAAGAAAAAUCCAAGCCCACAAGUCAAAGUCCUCUGAUGAAUUAUGAUUACACUUUUAUAGCAGUUGUGCCUCUAUCACUGAGAUUACAUAGAAGCUAAAAUAGAUGCAAAAUGUCAGGUUGGGGAAAGCGAAUUCAAACACUUUGUACCACAGGAGAUGGUCUAAUCAGGUGACUUAAAGCUUCCAUGCAGAACAGGAUUUAAUGUGUGUUACAGUGUUUGUGCCUGCUGUGAACAAAUAGCUCGGGAUUAGUAAUUUUGAAUAAUCAAUAAAUGACAUUUUUAUACCAACUGUGGCAAUGAACCAGGCUUCUUUGUUUCAAUUUAACUGUGGCUGUGUAGGUGUAGUACC